CCCUGGCAAUCAACUUUGUAAAGUCGACAAAUAGCACAACGAACGAACGUUGCAUUUACUACCUGAGUGGAAUAAAUAACCUACCGUGUGUGUAUACAUUCGGGGGCUACUUUACACGGUAACUGCACUAUUAGUAAAACUAAUGUGUAUGUCUUCCGUGCGGCACGUGCAGCGUUUAAACUUCAACCGCGAGGGGCGACAAAGUACACAACCUCAAACGACGAUUGUCAAACUAAAUCAACAUGACAUCUGAUAAUUGUUUGAGCAGUUCUCAGAUCAACACAGCAGACAACGAGGAACUGGUGAGACCCAAAGUUGAACUGCUCUCAAUAUUAAAACAUGCAGGUGCAAACAAGGAGCUGUACACCAUGAAGGAGGUGCUGUUCUACCUGGGCCAGUACAUCGUGCAGAAACAGCUGUACGACCAGAAGCAGCAACACAUGGUCCACUGUGCCAGCGAUCCUCUGGGGGCCGUGCUGGGGGUCGACAGCUUCUCUGUGAAGGAGCCACGAGUUCUCUUCUCCAUGAUCACCAGAAACCUCAUCGCUGUGAAAAACCCAGAUUCCCAGAAGGGCUUCACAGAACCAAGGAGCCAGAGUGAACCAGACCGAGGACCUGAAGGAACCGACUCGGACAGUCACUCUUCAUCCACUUCAGAGAACAGUGGAAGGAGGAGGAGGAGAAAGAGGAGGAGCAGCACAGAACCUGGUUCGGCCAGAGAGGAGGAGGAGUGUGAGCCUGGAAAGCGACACAAGUCAGACAGCUUCUCCCUGACCUUUGACCAGAGUCUAUCCUGGUGUGUGAUUGGAGGGCUGGUCCAUGAUCACCGCAGCAGCGAGUCCUCAGACGUCCACAGCAACACUGAGGCCAGUGUGUUGGCCAGUGAGGUGGAGGAUGUGCUGACCCAGGACUCUGAUUCAGACUCGGACAACUUCAGCGUGGAGUUUGAGGUGGAGUCCGUGGACUCUGACGCGUACAGCCAGGAGGAGGACAACUCUGAUGAAGACCAGGUGUUUGAGGUGACCAUCAUUGAGGCUGAGGAGGAUGACUUUGACGAGGACACAGAGAUCACAGAGGCAGACUACUGGAAGUGCUCCAAGUGUGAGGAGCUGAACCCUCCCCUACCCCGUCAUUGCAACCGCUGCUGGACGCUUCGACCUGAUUGGUUCCCUGACUCUGACACCAGUAACCCUGCCCCUGGCCUCAAGGCUUUGCCCCCAAAACCUGGCACCACCUACCUUGAGGAGGGGGAGGGGCUAGACGUGCCAGACGGUAAGAGAGCCAAAACUCCUCUCAUCACCGACUCCAAAGACUCUAUCUUCGAUUCUCAAGGCUCCGCCCCCAACUCCCAAAGCUCCGCCCCUAACUCCCAAAGCUCCGCCCCCGACUCUCAAAGCUCCGGCCACAGUAGCGGACAGCACUCCCUGGAUAUUUCCAACUCCCAACCCUCCACCUCCUUCUCGUCCUCCGGCCUGGGCUCCACCCCAGGCUCCGGCCGCUCUAGUGCGGCCCCCUGCAGCCAGGAAGAGGUACCACCGGAGCUCGAGCGCUUCAACAGCCUGGAGGCCUACCUGCCCGCCAGCUGCCUGGAGCCCUGCGUCAUCUGUCAGAGCCGGCCCAAGAACGGCUGCAUCGUGCACGGACGCACCGGCCACCUCAUCUCCUGCUAUCCCUGCGCUCGCAAGCUGAAGAGGAGGAACAAACUUUGUCCGGUCUGCAGGGAGCCCAUCCAGUCUGUGGUGCUCACCUACCUGAGCUGAGACACACACACACGGACACACAGUUGCACAUGCAGAAAAACCUCACACAGAUACAAUAGACUUACACAAAGAUAUUAUAAAUAUUCAUACACUGAUACAAAUGAACUAUUGAUUAUCUAAGCGAGGUGCCUCCUAAAUAAUUUUUAUUUAAUAUACUCAAAUAGAUUUAUUUAUUUGCUUUAAUUUCUUCUAAAUUUCUGUACCGGUUUGCAGUGUUGUUCUAAAUACAGAUUCAGUUCCUGAA